UGCCCUUUCGUUUGAACUCCGGGACCUCUUUUCAUGGCAAUUUGGGGUUUUUUCAACCAAAUUAGGGCAUUGGGACUCUCUUGAUUGAUGCCAAGAAGGAGCGGAGAAGAUGUAAUUUAACUGAGGUUUUCGGCUUUUCUUCCCUUUUACAUCUUUAUAGUAACUGUCGACUGCUAGGGUUUUUCGUUUCGUGGGAUUUUUUUGUUCGCAUGAAGGGUGCGUUGGAUCGGACGAAGGUCGUGCUGCGGCACUUGCCUCCUACCAUUUCUCAGGCUGCGCUUUUGGACCAAAUUGAUGGCUCCUUCGCUGGCCGCUACAAUUGGGUUUCCUUUCGUUCUGGCAAAAGCGGGUUUAGCCAGAAGCAUCUAUCUUAUUCCAGAGCCUACAUUGACUUCAAGAAGCCAGAGGAUGUUAUAGAGUUCGCUGAGUUCUUUGAUGGGCAUGUCUUUGUGAAUGAGAAAGGAACUCAGUUCAAAGUCAUUGUUGAGUAUGCUCCUUCACAACGUGUUCCAAAACAGGUGUCAAAAAGGGAUGUCCGUGAAGGAACCAUAGACAAAGAUUCUGAGUAUCUGGAGUUUCUUGAAGUUCUUGCCAAGCCCGUUGAGAAUCUUCCUAGUGCUGAGAUACAGUUGGAGAGAAGGGAGGCAGAACGAUCUGGAGGUGCUGCAAAAGACAUUACUAUAGUUACACCAUUGAUGGACUUUGUGCGUCAGAAAAGAGCUGCCAAGGGAUCCCGGAGAUCAGCAUCUAAUGGAAAACUGAGCAGAAGAGUCAGUGCAUCAUCAAGUGGAAGUCCUAGUUCUGGUUCAGUAAGACGAGGUUCUGGGAAGAAACGGGUUUCUACCACAAUGUAUGUUAUAAGAGACCCUGCUAAAGGUGCUCCUGUGAAAGACAAAUCAACUUACAUUCUUGUUCCAAAGCAAAGUGAUCAGCAUCUUUCUGAUAGAAUUACAGUGACAGCCUCUGCUGAUGGAAAUCAAGCAUUGGAAGAUGAGCGUGGAGUUGCUGGGCUUAAUGAUUCUGGGAAGAAGAAAAUCCUGCUUCUUAAAGGGAAAAAACGGGAUACAAUUACUGUAUCUGAUUCUGAUAACGUGUUACAGACGCACAGUUUAGCUUCGGUUAAGACAGCUCUUGGCUCACCCACUCCAAAGCAGAAUCAGCGGCAGGAAGGUAGUGGAAGGAUAAUUAGACGCAUACUCUCAAACAAGGAAUUACGUCAAAGCCAGUCAUCCAGGCCCCACUCUGAGCAACAAAUUCCAACAUCCAUUCUGGAGAAGGAAAAACGGGCACCUCGUCCCUCACAUGUGCAAUUGAUUACAAAGGGUACAAAUGGGGCUGCAGAUGAUAGGAUUAGUGUGAAUGAUAUGCAUGUUUCUAGUGAGAGGCAGGGAAGCCAUGUUAGACACAAGGAUAGACCUGAUCGUGGCAUAGGGCCAUCUUUUUCUAAUGGAAAUGAUGGCUUCUUGUCGUCGUCUGCAACUUCACAAGUAGACUCUGCUAAAGGAAGCCACACAGAGUCGAAACAGGGGAAUGUGCGUUCCAGUCAGUUAUCGGAAAAUGGGUUCAGUAAGCAUCUUGGUCGCCGCGGAUCAACCCACGGGAUGAAGGAUGCUGAUGGCUGUUCUAAUUCAAGUGAAGGGAAGCAUCCAAGAAGAAGCAGUGCGUCUGCUUAUGGUUCACAUGAGAAACAAGUGUGGGUGCAGAAAGCAAGUUCUGGCACAUAAAAUAUCUAGAUUGUGAAAAGCAUGCUGACAUACAAUUUUGGAGCAUCUUUAGCUGGUGGCUGGAUUCUGUCGCUUUUUUGGUUGACAGAUAAUUUUAAGUAAAUGAGUUUGUGGUCAAAAAAAGGUUCUUUUUCGAUACAACAGAGGAAAGUACAGUUGAUCCAAAUUGAUGCAUUUGAGUUACCUACAGCCUUCCAACAUAACUUUAUUGAAGAUGGCCCAGAGCAAUGGAAGAAUUGAAAUGAGGGUGGUAUCACAAAUUAUGAAAUGUCCCUUGUACCAUACGGGUCACUGCCUGCAUGGUGACCCGUGGAUAUACUCGCCUAGCCUUGAAGUUUGACUGAGUACAGGUAUAGUCAGGAUUUGUAGAUGGGUCAUCUUCUGUAGUUGAAUUGUAAAUAUAAGCACAGGGCGUUGUGUAUUUGCCUGUUCUUUUAGUACUUAUAUAUACAAUCGGUUAUUAUCAUCGUCUGCCAAAUACAAAGUGAGUGCCUGCUUGUAAACCCCGGACAGUUUUGGAAGAUAUCUGCUCGGUACUGAGAUGAAGCACAAAGGGCCAUUUUGUAGGCUCUCCUCUAGCCUAAGGAUUUGACGAUGGAGUUUCUUGUAGUGGCCAGACAUGGGAAUUACUAUUAGGUGGUUGGUGUGGUAAUAAGGAUUGAUGCAGUCUUGCAGAAGUUAUUACUGUGUGGAUGCUACCAGAUUUUGGCUCCAAAAGAAUAUACCCUUUGUACACAGAUUGUGGUGUUGGAUUUCUCAGCAGAACAUAGCUGUGUUACAAUUGCUGGUUCAUUAUAUGUUCAAUUAAUUUGUUUGAAAAUGUGCAUCCUUGCAACCUUUUGGUGCCAA